AUAGUAAAGAAGAGAAGCGCCUCCCUCGCCUCUCCUCCCCACGCCUCCAUCCAGCAACAGAAAGUUUCUGAGAGAUGUCCCAGACUCGGUUCCUCUGAGUACCAUGGCGGGCUUCCCAGAAGUUGCUGGCCUUUAGACACCAAAUGCAUGUGCUGCCUUGACACAGACCAUGGCAUCAAACCUGACAAAAUUCAUCCAUUCCCUGGAUCCGAGAACCCUCCCCAGGGUCCUCCAAAUCCAGUCAGGCAUCUACUUCCAAGGCUCCAUUUAUGAAAUGUUUGGAAAUGAAUGCUGCCUGCCAACCGGAGAAUUGAUUAAAGUUACUGGAUUCAAAGUUAAUAAGAUCAUUGCAAGCAUCUAUGAGAGUAAUGAAGACAACCAGUGCUCAGCCAGAAUUGAAUUGCCCCUGAAUUUUCCAGGUCUUUGUAAGAUUGUGGCUGAUAAAACUCCAUAUCUCAGCAUUGAAGAAAUCACAAGAAAGGUUUCUAUUGGGCCAACGCGACUGGGCCAUCCUUGCUUCUAUUGCAAUGAAAACAUAAAACUGGCAAAUCUCACCGUCAAACAAGGUGAGCAGAUCAUGUUCAACUCCGUGGAAGAGGUCAAUGGGACACUGACUGUGAACUGCGGAGUGGUAAGAGAUAACCAGUCUCACUCCUUUACUUUGCCAUUCUCACAAGAAGGAGAGUUCUAUGAAUGUGAAGAUGACCAUAUUUACACCCUGAAAGAGAUUGUUGAAUGGAAAAUCCCAAAAAGUAGAAACCGGAUUGUGAAAUUUACCAAUCUGUUACAUACAUGGGACUCCUCUAAUCCACUUCCUGAGAAUUUUGAUGGCUGUCUGAUUCUAGCACCAAUCUACGAAGUACAAGGAGUGAUGAAAUUUCGAAGGGAUAUAGUUCAUAUCCUCUCUGAUCUAGACAUUGAAGUCAUAGAUGUAACAGACGGUUAUGAUAUUAGCUCUUUCCUUCAGCCAUUAUCCAUGGAAGAUGUAUUUGAAAGGACAAGCAAAGAAUUUCCGAUGGUUGCUGAGGUUAUAGAAGGGCCCACAGGAAGACAGCAACCUUAUAAUUUAUUAUGUCCUGGGAAAGAAAUUGUCAUUCACAAAAAGUACCAGGCGAAAAGAAUCCUUGCAUCUGAGAUCAGAAGUGAUUCCCACAAAAAACACUUUUUAAUUCCUGCCAGCUACAAAGGAAAGUUCAAGAGAAGACCUCGGGAGUUUCUAACUGCCUAUGACCUGGAGAUAGCAAGAAGUGACAAGGAGCAGCUUCAUGUUGUAGCAACUAAAGCCUUUGAUUCUCCCCAUGCAGAAUUGUUUUCUGUUUCCGUUGGAGACCAGUUUCUAGUUCAACAGUGCCAGACCGGUGAAGUCAUAUACCAGGGAAGGAAGAAAGUGAUAGAUGUUUUGGCCUGUGAACAAAUACUAAGUGAGGCCUAUAAGAAAGUGCUUCUUCCUAUGUAUAUGGAAGGUGGCUUUGUAGAAGUGAUUCAUGACAAGAGACAGUACCAACUUUCAGAGCUUUGCAAAGAGUUCCGCUUGCCCUUUAAUGUCAAAGUGUCUGUGAGGGAUCUCUCCAUUGAGGAGGAUGUCUUGGCUGCUAUGCCUGGACUGCAGCUUGAAGAAGAAAUCACAGACUCCUACUUGCUAAUCAGCAGUGUUGGUGAUCCUGCGGACAGUUGGGAAAUUCCUGUGUAUCGUCUAAAUAUGUCUGUCCAGUUGCUCAGCAAACCUGUUGACGAAACUGUAUCCUCCCCAACUAGGACUAUUGUGGAAGAGAUCAGCGAAGAACAAUAUUACAUGGUGAGGAGAUUUGAAAACCAAGCCCUACACCCACCACCCAGACCUCCCAAAAAGCCAACAACACUGGAAUCAAAACCUCUUCUCACUGUACCAGAGCGAAGUGUGUCAGAUGCACCGCAUGCUGUGAAGAAUCUCUAUGUAGACACCACUAAGAAACCGUGCUCAGACCAAGCUACUGCUGUUUCAGAAUUACAAGUUAGUUGUCAGAAUGAUUUAGUGCACUGGAAGAAUGAGAACGACGUGACUGGGACAGCAACAUUACUGGACACCAGUGUGAUUAAAGGUCCAAUAAAAAAUAUGCUUCUGAAGUAUGGAACAGAAAAGGAACUGGAGGAGAAGCACACCUAUGAAUAUGUAGAUGAAAACGUAAUUGAAAAUAUAAGGAAAAAAUUCCAAGAAAGCAUAGUUCAUAAUAAAACGUAUCCCCUGAAGAAGAAGAGGGAAGAAACCUCUAAAAUGGAGUAAUACUGAAAUUAACCCGAAAUGACUGGAAAACUGCAUAUAUUAUGUCAUAAGAUCAUUCACAACUUAUAAGAACAAACAAAUCACGAAAGAAACACCAUCUUCCUUCUGUCUCAUGAAGAACAUCCAAAGCUGCAAUUCAACUACACCAAGCCCCUGAGAAACUAAACUACUUUCACAAUCAUGAAUAAAAAGUCAUGCACGGUACUGGUUCCCCUCGUAAAUAUUUAUUCACAAAUUCAUAUAAUUAUGCCAAUUAGGAUACAAUUUUGCAUUCUCAGUGCACCCAAAACACCCAUUGAUUUCCUAGGCCACUGUAUGGCACUUACUCCAGGCCAAUUCCUUAUUCUGAAGUGUCCUAUAAUUGCAAAUCUUUAGGGGAGAGAGGUUAAAGUAAUUCCUCAUUUAAUUAAACAAUUGCAAAUGUUCUAGGUUGAGUUUCAGGUGUGGUGUACUCAAAAUUACCAACAGACAGAUUCUGCCACCCUUUCUGGUGCUGCGUAGUGCCUUACUGUGCAAGUAGUACCUUUGCUUCACAAGUAAUCCCAUUGAAAUCAAUGCAACUGCUCACAGAGUAAAAUACUACCCAGUGGGAGUAAGGGUGGUUGAACCUGGCACAAAGUAAAUCAGAGUAUUUUGGGUUAGAUUGUGUCCAUACGGGGGAUAGGAAGGGCUGAUCUUCUCGGGUCUGAGUAGGAGCCACUAUGAAUCAUAGCCUCUUUGUUCCUCAGGAAGAGACAGUUGCUCAGUCUGGGAGUUAUUUGCUGAAAAGAGAACAAGGACGCAUGAGGAGGGGUCAAUGCAGGUGAAGUCAUGUCUCCGUCCUCCUUGUGCAUUGUGAGGAGGGAGCAUGCUGCAUUUUUAAAAAGUUAUGUAGCAAAUUAUUCUCCCAUCCACACCCAAGCAUCAGAUGGGUCAGUGCAUCUCCACACAGCCUUUCAAUGGGCUGUGCCAAACAGGAGCCAUUAGGUCUUGAUUAAUGCUCCAUCUGUUACAUACAAAUGGGUAACUGCCUGUAACAAAGAAUAUCCCAAGACAAGUGAAGUCACGGGAAAAAAAGCAUAGCAGAGUCUUCAUAUUUUUUAAAAAUUUGCUUUAAAAUGUUUUCCUUUUUUAAAAUAUUUUUGAAAAAUGAAAAAUAAGUGCUUAGACAGUUCCAUGAGAGAUGAAGGGUUUGCUGGAUGCAAAACCUACCUGAUGAGCAUAUGAGGUACAUUCAUUGGUGCCUUACCACUAUCCUUCUUAGUAUUGUGGAAAUAGCAAUUAUGGUGAGUAUUUCUGCUUAUUUAGAUGAGGAUGCUUUUAAAUCUAGCUGUGAAUGUACGAGCAGUGCUGAUACGGGAAACAUGCAUUCUGUACUCUCAUAUUACAAAGCAACGAAGCACCAAAAAUGCCUACAUCUUUUUUCUGUAAAUAUUUUUAAAGAAAAAAUCCCUACGAUAUAUAGUAUACCCUGAAUUGCUGAUAGGAAAUCCAUGGAAUGGUUAGUUAUCUCUAUGGUAAAUUCAUUUAGGAUUUCUUUCCAGUAUUUUAUAUUAAUUUAAUUAGAGUAAAUCCUUUUCCUUACUAUAACCAUUGUCUAAAUUAUUCCAAUUACUAAACAGUACUUUAGAGACUAACAAAUUUAUUGGCGCAUAAGUUUUCCUGAGCUACAGCUCACGAAAACUUAUGCUCAAAUAAAUUUGUUAGUCUCUAAGGUGCCACAAGUACUCCUUUUCUUUUUGCAUAAAUAAAUGUAGUUCAUGCUGUAUUUUACUAGGUUAUUGUGUGUGGGAUGUUGCCAUUCAGUAGGUGGUUUAGAGAUAAGGGAUCUAUUACUACCAAACUCUCCUUUAGCUCAAGUGGCAGAGGUCUGUGUUUUUGGUGCUACAAGGACAAAUAUAAUAAAGCCUGUAAUUGACUAAUUGCCUCCUAUGAGGUGUUGAGCACCCUCAAUUGUUGUGCAUGCUCAACUCAUCAUAGAAUCAAGCUGUUAUUGUGACAAUCAUAGGUUUAUUUCACAGCAGACUAUAUAUAUAUAUAUAUAUAUAUAUAUAUAUGGUGGUUUCUUUUGUAAAAAUGAAGUAUCAGUGGUAUUAGCCCUUACUGUAGCACAGGGGUCGGCAACCUUCGGCACGCGGCCUAUCAGGAUAAUCUGCUGGUAGGCCGCGAGACAUUUUGUUUACGUUGACCAUCUGCAGGCACGGUCCCCUGCAGCUCCCGGUGGCCGCGGUUCUCCAUUCCCAGCCAAUGGGAGCUGCAGGAAGCAGAGGCCAGCACGUUAAAUAAUAACAUAGUUGUCUUGUAAAUGAUUGGCAUAAUCCCUCACACAUAUUUGCUAGUUUAAAGGCUUAAUUUAUUUAUUGUUAAUGAGUGUUAAUGAGCAUUUCCUUCCACUUCACUCUCACUAAGGGCUUAUCUGCACAUGGAGUUAUUCAGAAACAGCCAUUCCUGAAUAACUCUUCAUGCAGCCACCUUUAUUCAGGAAUAGGAAUGCCUUGGGUCUGUUUCGCUUAACCCAGAAAGUGCAUUAAACUAAAUAGGGGCAGGACAGCCUUAUUCUGGAAUAAGAGUGUCCGCACGUGGAGUUAUUGUGUAGACAAGCCCCUAGUGAGACAGCAUUUCCAUGUGGAUAAUCAACAUGCACAUUUUCCAUAUGUUCCGCCUUUGUGCUUGGAGAAGAUAAGAAAAACCUUUCUCUCAGCAUUCUUCUUUAAAUGCCAAAAAGCCUUUUGUUUAAAUACAAUGUGCACCUUCUUUGUGUCAGACAAAUCCUUAUCUACAACAUUCUUGCCAAGGAGUGCUGGUGUUGAUGCUUGUUAUCUCUCCACUUAGUGCAUUUGAUGCUUUCGUUACCUCUUAUGUCUGCCCAAGUGUUAUUUUAAAUUUUUGCUUUGAUGCCGCUCUUUGCAAGUAUCUGACAUGGUGUUAAAUACUUGCAGUCUUCAAAGAGAAACCAAGUUUGCUUUCAAAGAUUAGAAGCAGGGUGUAAUGUUUGUGUUGUGCUUGGGGGGAGGGAGGUUUGGGAAUUGCUGGGCUACUGGCCUAUCUUCCAAAGCUCAGGAAGGACUAACACCAUGCCAAGAGUCUGUUCAGACCCUUCCUUCAGGGUACUGUUUCAUCUUCAAACACAAAACUCACCAACAAAUACAAAGACAAAGCAGGUGCCCAGAAGCCCUUUGUGUCUCUCUUUACCCCACUCCCCUUCACUUCCAGGGUCUGCCACAGAACAGGACUCCUUCCUGCAGCAACCCCUUCAGCUGAGCUUGUUCAGCCCUUUACAGGAAUCCCCUGACCCCUUUCCCUCCACCUGGCCCAAACGCCCAUUCUUAAAGGGGUUCUGCCUAACAAUAGGGCUGGCUGACCCCAUGUGUCUUGGCCCUUAAAGUGGGUGACCAUCCCAUUACAGGAAUACUUUUUUGUUUUCCAGUGAUAGAUUUGCCUAGUUGGCUCUUCCCCCUUGGGUUUCAUAUCUCUUCUCUAAAUGUCUCCACAGGAUACCCUUUCCUGUGUAACCCAUACUUCCUCUGAUGAGGAAAGAUGAAAAGAGUUCAAUCAAUAUGUGGAACAUGGCCAAAUGGUGACUCAGACCCUGAUCCUGCAAAGACUACUGCACAUGUUUGUCUUUAUGUCUGUGAGUUCACCUGGAUGUGGGAAUAGUCAUGGCAUGUCUGCAGCUGCCUUAGCAAGCACCUGCCAGCUCAGGCUUCGCCUCAGAUAAGCAACAGAAUUGGCCUUAGGUAUUUUUGAAAGUCUUGAAAAACAAAUCUUUGUGUCCUCCCUUUCUCAUAAACAUACCUGAUUCCCUUAUAAUCCUGCGAAGUUGUACAAGGGCAGAUUAGGAAGAGUUAGUGAGAUGAUUCUAUGCAGUACACUAUAAAUAACUGACUUCCUAAUUGCUAAUAUCUAACCUAAAUCUCCUUUGCUGCAGAUUAAGACAAUUCCUUCGUUAGAAAUGGAGAGCAAUUGAUCACAGUCUUCUUUAUAACAGCCCUUAACAUUUUUGAAAACUUUUAUAAGGUCCCACCUCAGUCUUCCUUGCUCAAGACUAAACAUGCCCAAUUUUUAAACCUUUCCUCAUAGUUCAGGUUUUCUAAAGCUUUUAUCAUUUCUGUUGCUCUUUCCUAAAGUGUGGUGCCCAGAGUUGGACACAGUACUCCACCUGGGGCCUCACCAGUGCUGACUAGAAAGGGACAAUUGGCUCCUGUGUUUAUUCAACAUUCCUGAUAAUACACCUCAGAAUGAUAUUCAUCUUUUUUGCAACUGCAUCACAUUGUUGACUCAUAUUUAAUUUGUGAUCCACUAUAACUUCCAGCUUCUGUUCAACAGUACUACCACCCUGUCAGUCCCCAUUCUAUAAUUGUGUGUUUGAUUUUUCCUUCCUAAGUGUAGUACUUUGCACUUGUCUUUAUUGACUUUCACCUUGUUGAUUUCAAACCAAUUCGUUAAGGUCGUUUUUAAUUCUAAUCCUGUCCUCCAAAGUGUUUGCAACCCCUCCCAGCUUGGUGUCUCUAAAUUUUAUAAACAUACUCUCCACUCCAUUAUCAAAGUCAUUAUUGAAAAUAUGGACUAGAAGAGGAUCCAGAUCUGACCCCUGCACAGGCUCAGUAGAUUCACCCUCCUAGUUUGACAGCAAACCAUUGAUAACUACUAUGAGUGUGGUGUUUUAACCAGUUGUACACCCACCUUACUGUAAUUUCAUUUAGACCACCUUUCCCUAGUUUGCUUAGGAGAGGAGAAAUCCUGCUACUUGUUCCUUUCAACUAUAGUAAUCAUGUUACAUCUAUUUACUUUUCAAGUCUAAUUUAGCAAGAAAAAUAGCUAGAAAUGUAGUUUUCUUUCUUUCUUUCUUUCUUUCUUUCUUUCUUUCUUUCUUUCUUUCAAAAAUGAGGUUUGCUGAGUCUGAUUCCUGACGCCAGCUUGUACAAGCUCCAUUCACUCCUAUCCCCCAGCCACCUCCUGCUCAUCAGUCGGUAUAUACCCAAACAAGUGAUAUUUACUCUUUUUUUGCACUGUUGAGGAUUGUUUGCAGAGGGAGCUGAGAAACAGUGUUAAAGAUUUCCCAUAACCACUGUGACUUCUGUCCUGCUGGAGGCUAUGGAUCAGGAAUAGGACAGUUUUAAAUACAUAUUUUAAGGGAAAUACAUUUUUAAACUAAACUUCAUACUCAAAGUAAGCCAUCUUUUGUCACAAACAUGAACACCUAACAUCAGAAAAUUCUGUAGAAAGCUAAACCCGAAAAGCAUAAUAAUGAGCCAAAUUCUGAAGUCUGCCUGACUAGUCCUUACUCAGGCAAACCUCUGUUGCCUUCACUGAUAAUUUCACCAGAGAAACCACAGACUAAAAAGGAAAUAAAGGUUUGACCCAGUAAGGAUAUCCUCCUCAAAGUAAGUCAAUGGGGCUUAAUAUGGAUGCAUAACUCAUUGCAGGAUCCGGGCCUAAGUAUUGUCAGUUCAAAUUUGUGAGCACCCAAUAAUUAUUUUUGAAAAAGAGGAAUUGUUCAACUCAGUUUUGUUUUUCAAAGUGCUGUAAUUGCUGAUUGCCAUUUACAAAUUAUUAAUUAAUGUAAUCAAUGUAUGUAAAGAAAGUUCUGGUUUU